AUGCUCGAAGUGUUGGGGACUUCCGCCCCCUUAGGAUUAUUAAUUCCGGUACAGGCAUUUCUGGGAGGACUAGGAGAAACCUGGUUUCAAAACCGCUACCUCGGCUGUGCUUGUGAUGUUCCUUGUAAGGCGCGCGAUGCAAGGAUGAGCCGUCAGGUCUAUCAACUCAGAAUAAUCCUCCCAAGAAUACACUACAAGCAGCAUGCCAACUGCCCACAAAACAGCUUCGUCACUUCAAUAGCACUUAUCCAAUUCCCCAUUUCUGAGGAAGGCAUACCGAUUGCCAUGGUCGUGGGUCCCGGAGGAGUCCACCCAUCGAGGGCUUUCAAAAUGUCUAGAAAAUGUAACCUAGAUGGAGCCUGGCCAGAUGACCAUAACUCUCUCAUUCACUGUGCCUUGCUUAUACCAAAUGCGACAACUUCCAGACCAAACUAUGCAAGGCGUCGACUCAAUGACUAG